AAUGGAGAUUUCAAAGCAACGAUAAAUAAAGCAGAUAAAUUCCUAACGCAUCGAAACGACCGAGAGCUCUUGUAAAAUAUAUAUAUACACAUAUAUACAUAGAUAUAUUUUACAAGAUCCAACACAUUAUUCCCGAAUAUAACGAAAAUUCGCAAUACGAUGUCGCAUACGGGAUGUAAGAAGUAUGUCACAUGUCCUAUGUGUAAAGGUGCAGGCAAGUCUACCACACGUGCAGGAGAAGAAGCGACCUUGUUAUCCAUUCAACAUGAGACUGCAAAUUUACCGCAAGUUACGAAAACAGCGAUUGCCGAAACAGCACAUGCCGCAGCCUCGGGGGAUUUGCGUUUGUCCGUGUUAUCCGAUAGCAGAUAUCCGAGAGACGUUAAUCCCACCAAUCAUGGAGAUUACGCGGCUAUGCUGGAGAACGAUUAUACGGCAACACCUGAAGAAUUUACGAACCCGCAGGAAACGCUGAAACUUGCUCUGCAUAAUUUGAAGCAGAAUCAAUGGCAGAGCAACGUGCCGGCUUUGAUCAAAUUGAUGCGCAUCUCAAGGAUUCAACCGGAAUUGCUGGACUCCAAUAUGCCUCGCAUAUACAGGACCUUGUGCAGUUUAUUGAAGAACACAAGGCCACACGUCGUCAAAACUGUCUGCCAAGUGGCAAUGGAGUUAUAUAAAACGGUUCAGUGUACGCAGCGGCCCGAGUUUGAUGAACUCGUGUCUGCAUUACUCUUAAAAAGUACACAUACGAACAAAGGAAUCCGAAAUGACGCCCAACGCGCAUUAGACUCUAUGAUAACUCAUUUGCCUCCUGCGACUUGUAUUCGGAUAUUGGCCAGCGAACACGGUGCCAGCCACAAAAAUCCGUUGAUCAGAGCGACUGUAAGUCGAUUACUUUAUAAUAUUAUAAAUGUCAUUGGAGUGGAAUGUUUAUUAUCAAAUGCAAGUAUGAAGGAUACUCGCCGAAAGAUCUUUACCAUGUGCUCCAAAUUUCUUCUUGAUGGUAGCAAUGAAACGAGAAACGACGCUAAAAAGGCAUUGAAGGCGAUGAUGGGCCAUCAAGAUUUUGACACUUUAUUUUAUCAGGACGUGGACUGGAAGAUUAUCAGUAGCAUAGAAAAGCAAUUAAUAUUUUUGAAGUAUAGCCAAACUCAUAGCAUUCUAUCUUCAAGCUCAGCUUUUUCUUGUUUACAACAUACCGCUGUGAACCAUAUCAAAAUACGGCGCUCGUUGUCACCCAACCUAACGCUGGUCUAAUUCUAACCCAACCUACCUUAACCUGAGAGAACCGAGACGUAGCAUAUCGAGUGGC